GUUGGGAUCCGCACGGACACGGUGCACCUUCCUGCCGCUUUCCUGAAUACCGUACACGUUACCUACCUACCUUCUUCCUUCCACCCAAUUCCAAUUCCAAUUCCAAUUCCAAUUCAAUUCAAUUCAAUUCGGACUAUCAUAUUAUAUUCUCUCCCUCUACCUUCCCAACCUCCCUCUCUCCACCUAUAUUUUCUCUCCCCAUAAACCUUCCCUUCAACGAAACCCCGCCAAUUCUUCAACACAACUAAUAUAUAUAUAUAUAUAUAUAGAUAAAGAUAAACCCACAAACACAAUUAAUAUCUGUGUUGUUUUUAACUGUGUGUGUGUGUAUAUAUAUAUUCAACCGUUUGCAAAAAGAGAAGGAUGAGUUUUGAAGAUCUUGAACUGGGCCGGACUUUCAGUUUUAAUGGAAGCCAACACCAACACCAAGAGAAACAGAGACAAGAGCCUUCGCAGGGCGUCGCCGCCGGCGUGUUUCAGAUCAACACGGCCCUUGCCUCCUUCCAACGCCUUCUUCAUUCCCUCGGAACCCCCAAGGACACCCUUCUUCUCCGCCAAAAGCUGCACAGGACUAGGUUACAUAUUGGACAACUAGUGAAAGAGACAUCAAUUAAGCUUAAGCAAGCUACUGAAACAGAUCAGCGUACUGAAGUCAGUGCCAGCAAGAAGAUUGCUGAUGCUAAGCUGGCAAAAGAUUUCCAGGCAGUUCUUAGAGAAUUUCAGAAGGCUCAACGGCUUGCAGCCGAGAGGGAAACAACAUAUGCUCCUUUUGUUCCUAAGGAAGUUCUUCUGCCCAGCAACAAUGGCAAUGAGCUGGAGAUAGAUUCAGCGAAGAGUCAUGAACAGUUAGCUCUUCUUGUGCAAUCUAAAAGACAGGAGGUGGCAAUGUUGGAGAAUGAUAUUGUUUUCGAUGAAGCCAUUAUUGAAGAAAGAGAACAAGGGAUCAAAGAAAUUCAACAGCAGAUUGGUGAGGUGAAUGAGAUUUUUAAGGAUCUGGCUGUGCUAGUUCAUGAGCAAGGAGUUAUGAUUGAUGACAUUAGCUCGAACAUUGAGAGCUCUCAUGCUGGAACCGCACAAGCUACUUGCCAACUGGCAAAAGCAUCGAAGAUCCAAAGAUCCAAUUCAUCUAUGACAUGUCUAAUGUUGGUAAUCUUUGGGAUCAUUCUUCUUAUUGUGGUUGUAGUUGUGGUAGCAUGACCAGCAAUGUUGGUCUUAAAUUGCUGCCCUUUUCGUUGAUUCUUUGGUGAAGCUGCUACCAAAAUGCUGCCUGACUUGAGAUGAUCACAUCUGGUCCGACCACAAAGCACAUGAUGUUAUUCCUGGUUGAUCGCCUAUGUACAGGUUUGUUUCAAAUGUGGGUGAUACUGAUCAACGAGAAGAAAGGAACACCUAUUUUAGGCGCAAGAGAAGUCUUUAGAAGUCAAAUACUAAUUUAGGAGAUUUAUUUAUUUCGUGUUUUCUAUUUUUCUAUUGAUUUAUGGAACAUAUGUAUUUGGAUGGUGGAUGGUGUAAGGAAGAUUUUUACUUUUGAGUGAAUUAAUAUUGAUUGAAAAUAUUUUUCCAAAAACCCUAGUUGUGGUUCU